AGCCAGUUUUGCCAUGGCAGACGAGGACGAGAGUAGUAGCUCCACGUCUGAGGAGAGUUUGGACGUGAACAGUGACAGAUUUAAUCCGAUGAAAGCGCUCUAUUCGAAAAAAAUGCAGCUUUCGCGCACUAAAGCACCGAUUUACGACAACAUCGCCAAGUUCGAAUCCGUCCUCCACGGGUUGUCUGCAAAAACAAAAGUGAGAAGUCAGACGAGCGAUGUUAAGCAACCAGAAUGUUCAAGGCGUUUUUUACCGCAUCAAGAGCCUGUGGCCGCGAAAAGGACGGUGAGGCGAGAAAACUGGCAGGAUGGGAAAAAUGUUAUUAACAAUAUGCAGAAAGCCUUUGGUCCGUUAGGAACGUUGUCCAAGUACAUGGAGAACCGGACGCGCGUCAAGGUCUACACCAGGAACGCGCGUGGCAUAAGGGGACACGUGGAGGCAUACGUGGCUGCUUUCGACAAGCACUGGAACCUCGCGCUCGAGGACUGCUUCGAGGUUUGGACCCGUAAAUUCAAAAGGAAAGCACCUGCUCUGGGUGCCCCGAUCGGCACGGACGCGAUGGAAGACACCGCGCCCAAAGCGGUCGUGAAGAAGAUCGAGGGAAAGAGGGAGACCUUGGAGAGACACGUGCCACAAAUGCUGCUGAGGGGAGAACAAGUCGCUAUAAUCGUCAAAAUCAAUUGAGUCGGUAAAUUGAGUUCUACUACCGAGAAACGGACACUGAUGACGUCACUACGCGUUCACGGCGCAUCCAUCAAUCGCUUCGUACGUAUGCUACGAAUUCCUUAGCCUCUCAUUCAUCCUUUCAAGUAUAACUUUUGUACAACUCUUUUGUUAGAAAUAUCGAAUUACUUGAAUUUAUCCUCUCAUAAACCUCUCCUACGGUAACAGGACUUACGAGUGACUUUUUCCUACUCCAUUCACCGAGUUUCGAAACAACACCAUAUUUUCACGACAGAUUACUAUUUAUUAUUUGUAUCCUUAGUUUACUAUUGGGCAUAUUGUAAAAGAGUACAUUGUAAAAAAGUAGUGUAACAGCUCUUUCACAAAAGAAAUAAAUAAACAUUUAUAGUGUUUGAA